AUGUCGUCUGAGCAAUUGGAAAUGGCCUUAGCGGCAUUUCUACAACAGCAUGACAGGGCCUCGUUGAUGGAGAUGGUUGAGAAGGCUGCUCCAGCUCCCGUUCCUCCAGUUCCUGACCAGGCUGAUGCUGCAGCAGGGAACAGCAGGCGAUCCAGGCGUUCCAGACCUCCUUCCCGUUUAAGCCCUAGUCCUUUAAGGGGUGGAGGGAGAAGAUCUCUGCCUGUGUCCCGGGAUACGAGGUCUGCACGAUCUGGCAGACCUCUGCAACGUCCCACACGGAGAGAACAGCAGCGGGAGGCGUGUCCUCCUUCCCCCGCUGCAGAAGUUGAUCCGGGGGUCGUGUGUGCUGCCGGCCCAUCCUGUGAACGCAGCCGUAGCCCCCGCUCACCAGGCAAGAGACAGAGAGAGGCGGCGAGUGUGGGGUCGGGACGGCAUCAGCGGCGUGAUCAAGUUUCUUCGGGUCAACAGACGACUCCUCGUGAAGGGGGGAGGCGGGCUUCCAGGGCAGCCUCUCGCCCCCACCCUGCUCCUGUUGCUGCACGAGGCCGGAGUGCAGCCAGCAGACGGCGUGAGGAUUCUCCAUCGUCCAUCACUUCAGGAAGCAGAUCUACCUCCUCCAUAUGUGACGAUCUGCCGCCCAGACUUUCUCCUGCUGCUAGUAUCGAUGGUUCAUCGCCUACACUGGUCUGGAUACUGGGUCACUCCUUUAUCUACUGGGCGGCUCGUCGUGCGGAGCGGCGGGUAUAUGGCAGGAACUUGGGUUUUCCGUACGACAAGGUCAGAAUUCGUUGGCGUGGUAUUCGUGGCCUGCGCUGGGUUCAGAUUCCGGAAUCGAAAAGGCGCUGGCCUUGGUGGGGGCGCAGCCAUAGCUCAGGCAAGCCUGAGUUGGCUGUGGUGGCGGGAAGUCUCGGCCAGCACCUUUUAUGUGGAAUAUCCAGUGGAUGGAGAAGGCUUGGGGAGACGAGUUCUGUGGAGGCUGACGGUACCCAGAACGAGAGCUCUUGUCACAGCGGGAAGUCUCGGCCAGCACCUUUUAUGUGGAAUAUCCAGUGGAUGGAGAAGGCUUGGGGAGACGAGUUCAGUGGAGGCUGA